UGAAUGGGCCAAACCAUACGGCAGCUUCUCUCUUUUUAAAUUUCUAUCUUUGGUAAAAGAUCAGGGAGUUGUCGAGAACACCACACAGCAACAUGGGCAGCCGCACUGGUUUGAUCGGGUGGUUUGGCAUUGUGGUAGCAGCUAUAAUAUUACUCAGGGGUGCAACUGCUGCAACAGUUUACGAGGUUGGCGACAGCGUCGGCUGGACUGUUCCCCCAAACACCUCCUACUACUCCACCUGGGCUUCCACCAAGACUUUCUUUCUCGGCGACAAACUUUCAUUCAACUGGACAACGGGGACGCACACUGUGGCGGAAGUCUCAAAGGAUGAAUACGACAACUGCACCAAGGUUUCAUCUUAUAUAGGCAGCCCUGUCAUAUUCACUCCUCCAUCAACCGGUUCUUACUACUUCAUCUGCACCGUUGAUGACCACUGCACACGUGGUCAAAAGUUGGCUUUCACCGUCGUUUCAACACCAACCGUUGGAUCACCGCCUGCUGAAUCACCCACGUCCUCCUCCGCUUCAUCUCUCAGCGUCGGUGCCUUAUUUGCAGUGCUGUCCACCUCAGUCAUCUAUCUAUUCCUUGGCUUUUAAGUCUACAUUUAUUAAUUAAUAAUAUGUAGUUGAUUAUUUAUUUCUGUCUAGCUCAUUGUUCUACUAGCUAGCUAGCAACGAAAAUAAUA